AUGAGCCCAAAAAAGAAAAAGCCAAAACUUACCGAUAGAGGAACAUCUAAGCGUGGAAUUGAUGCAGACGCUAGUUUUCAUAAACGAUCUAAAUCCGAAAACUGCAUGGUGGAAAUGGACAUACAAACAUUGAAAAGGAAGAACUUCGUUAAAGCUUGUGAAAAAGUAUCUUAUAAAGCUUAUCUAAACUAUGCUAAAAGAUUCAAGCUAAUAUAUUUGCCAACAUGCAUGCAUGGAUUCAAUUGCAAACAUCAGAAUAUCAAAGAUGGUCUUAAUUUAAAACAGAUGCCAUCAUAUGCUGAAGAAUCAUUUAAAAUAGAAAUGAAGACAAACAUGUGGUGUGAAGCUUUGGAAGUCUGCUUUUUGUGUAUAACCCCUACUCAAUAUUUAUCAGCAAAUGUUCUGAUAAAUGUAGUAGAAAUAAUGUUGAAUGCUCAUGGAGAUCCUGAAGCUGAAUUUACGAUAUCAUACUUAUUAGAAAAAUGUCAACAAAUUUUAUCGCAAAACUUUAGUACACAUCCUCCAUGUCUUGCAAAGUCAAUUAGAAAAUGUUACAAAAACUUCCUGACAUCCCCAAUGGACUUGAAAGAAAACACAUUUACUAAUAGAGCAGAAUUUGAUUGUAAUAAAGGUACUGUCAAGUAUUGUAUGAAUAGACUGGAAUAUGAAAUCAGUUCUGAGAGCAAGGAUGAGGCUUUAGUUGAUAAAUAUGAAAACAUUCCAGAGGAAAUGAAGGAAAGUGUCAAAGGUUUACACUGGCAAAAAGAAAAGUUUGAAAUAUUUGAAGCAUUGGAAAGAACUGACAGAAUCAAAAGGCUAAUGGCAGUUCUAGAGAGUAUUGUCGAAUUACUACAGUUUGACUUAGCUAUAUGGCAUUCUCGAUACAGUAACAAUUUGAGUUGUCAUAUUAUGAGAUCACACAGGCCCCUAAUGGCUUUUGUUCUAUGGUCAGACAAUGUACUAUACACUGGCGCUGUGAAUAAUAACUGCAGACAGAUUCUUAGAAUAUUUGUUUAUAUGGUACAUCUUCAAUAUCCAGAAGCACACAUUAGAAUUAUGACUAUAUGGCUUAACACAAUAGUACAAACAUUUUAUAUUUGUGAAAAUGGCUCUAACAGUGACUUUCCCAAUACAGGAAAAUAUUGCACGGCCUUUGCUAAAGAGUUUUAUAAAAUUAUUUCAGGUGUGCCUCAAGUGUCUAUAAACAAAAUAUUGCAAAGAAUACAGCCAACUUAUAUGCAGUAUCUUAUAGGAAUUCAACAUAUACAAUCAGUAUUAUUAACAGAUGAAGAAAAUAUUAUAAAAAUUAUCAUUGAUUUUGUUGAAAAUUCACAGUGGGAAAAUUAUGAAGAGAGUAGUGGCACAAUUGAAAUUGUCAAAAACACUGCUUGGAAGCAAAGGAGAGUCAAAAAAGUUGCAAGUUUUUUAUCAAAGGUAAUACAUAAAGCACAGAACGCAAAUUGCUUAGAUAGUAAAAACCAAGAUCUAUUCCCUAAAUUUGAUCCAAAGGACAUUGAUAACACCACUGCACUUAAACAAAAUGAUAUAGUUUCAACUUUAUAUUUAACAUUAGAUUCUUAUUUGGAUGCAUUUAGUGUACAGAAUGUCCAAGAAACAUUAGAUAGACUUAAUGAACAGUUGCUUCAAAAAGGAUUUAUGGAAGAAGAUAUCACGGAUUCCAUAUCUGAAUAUAGUUCAUACUCUGUUACAGAACAUUUUAUAAAAAAAUAUCGUUCUAUGUAUCAAAUGUUGAAAGAGCUGAUGUUAGCACUACAAAAACUAAAAAACAAUGAACAACUACCUGAUGUACUAAAAGUGUUUGAGAAUAUUGGUCUACUUGAACUGUAA